AGCAGAGAGCACCGUGCUGCACACAUAUAUAUACUAUCCACCAAACACAAUCUAAAAAGAGAAAGAGAAGCGAAGGGAGAUUCACCUACCGCGCUUCUCUUCUCUUCUCUUUCUAGGUUUUGCAAUUUUUGUUUAUCUCUCUUUUUCAUCGCCUCCUUUAUCGUAUUCCUCGUCUAAAACCCAAAUCUCUACCAGCAACCCAUCUCUGUUCACAGCCUUUUCCCUCCAAUAAACCCUGAAGAAAAAGUUCAACUUCAAGGAUUUUGAUUUAUGGGUAGGAGACAAAUUGAGUUGUUCGAUGAUAAACAAGAUGGGUUUUUCUCAAUUUGUAAUUUGGGGUCUCAAUGGGGUGUCCCAGAUGGGAGCUGUCAUCCCCCUGGAGGUUUAUUUGCGAGCAUCAAUCAGAUAGGUUCAGGGUUUGGUAUUUCAUCAAAUUCUCCAGAUUCUCGUGAUAAUAACAGCCUGAAAUCUCUAUAUUCCAAUUUGUAUGUCAAGUAUGUAUCUUCGGCCGAGGGAGUUGGCAUUGUGGGGGUCCCAGAGGAGGAAGGGGCUCUGAAGAAGAAAAAGGGUGGCCUCAAAUUGAAGAUUAAGGUAAAGAAUAUGUCCUUGAGGCGCUUAAUAAGUGGCGGCGUUGCGGGGGCAAUAUCUAGGACGGCAGUGGCUCCUUUGGAGACUAUAAGGACUCAUUUGAUGGUGGGGAGUAGUGGGAAUUCUUCAACUGAGGUGUUCCAUAAUAUAAUGAAGACUGAUGGGUGGAAGGGGUUGUUUAGGGGCAAUCUAGUUAAUGUCAUUCGAGUCGCGCCUAGCAAGGCCAUUGAGUUGUUUGUUUACGACACAGUUAACAAGAACUUGUCACCAAAACCUGGGGAACAAGCAAAACUUCCCGUGCCUGCCUCAUUAGUUGCUGGGGCCUGUGCUGGAGUGAGCUCGACUUUGUGCACGUAUCCUCUGGAGUUGAUCAAGACUCGACUAACCAUACAGCGAGGGGUUUAUAAGGGUAUAGUAGAUGCAUUCGUCAAAAUAUUGCGAGAAGAGGGCCCUGGAGAACUCUACAGAGGCCUUGCCCCAAGUCUAAUUGGAGUGAUUCCUUAUGCUGCCACAAACUACUUUGCUUACGACACAUUACGAAAAGCCUACAGGAAGGCUUUUAAGCAAGAAAAGAUUGGAAACAUUGAAACCCUGUUGAUCGGAUCAGCUGCUGGUGCGAUAUCAAGUAGUGCAACUUUUCCUCUCGAGGUGGCUCGGAAACAUAUGCAGGUAGGAGCUGUUAGUGGGAGGCAGGUAUACAAGAAUGUGAUGCAUGCACUCGCCAGCAUACUCGAACAUGAAGGGAUUCCGGGUUUAUACAAGGGGUUAGGUCCUAGCUGCUUGAAGUUGGUACCUGCUGCUGGGAUUUCCUUUAUGUGCUAUGAAGCUUGCAAGAGGAUACUUGUAGAGGAGGAUGAGGAAGCAUAGAAGAGAAUGGACAAAAUAAUGCUUCUCUGAUGAGAAUGGGAUAUUUAUUUAUUUUUUCUUCAUCUUAAUAAUUUACUGGGGACUCAAUUAAAGAUAGUUUUUUUUUUUUUUUUUUUUUUGAGGUUACAACUGAUAAGGCAUUGACACUGAAGAAUUUUGGGAAUGCAGAAUUGUGCAUUAUUUUGCUUCAUCAUGCCCUGUUUUCGCUGAUGGGGUUUCAUGUUUUAACUCUUAUGUUAUCCCCUGCUUCUUGCUCUAAUUGAUUACAAAAAGGGGUAUAUUAUCA